AUGGAUGAACGCAGAAUCAAUUCCAUGGUGAACCCCUUAAAAACAGCCAACCAAGUGAACAACACUCUCCAAGAGGUUGGCAUCAAUGUUCCCUCUAAACUGCGCGCCCACAGGGCCAUAGCGCAUAGUGGCACAGCCAUCUCCAGCUGGUCCGUUAACUACCAACCCCUCAAGUACACCAAGAUCCUGGCACGGAAGGUGGGUUGCACCUACGCAGAGACGGCUGACCUCGUUGACUGCCUGAGGCGCAAGAAUUUCAGAGAGCUGGUGGACCAAGACAUCCAGCCGGCCCGCUAUCACAUCGCCUUUGGGCCUGUUGUGGACGGAGACGUAGUUCCUGAUGAUCCAGAGAUUCUCAUGCAGCAGGGGGAGUUCCUAAACUAUGACAUCCUGAUAGGAGUGAACCAGGGAGAGGGGCUGAAGUUUGUGGACGACAGUGAGGACAACGACGGCAUCUCAGCUGCAGCCUUCGACUACACCAUCUCCAACUUUGUUGACAACCUCUACGGAUACCCAGAGGCAGGGGUGUUGGGUGAGUGUUUUGUGGGCAAACUUUUCUGUUGA